CAGAUGAUUAGGGUUUCUAAGGAGUAUUUGGUAUGGUUUCUUGAUCAUGGUUGUUUUGGCUGAAAGAUGUGAUCUUGGAUGGUUUAGUAAUGUUUCUUAAAACGAAAAUUAGGGUGAAUUACCUAAAUAUCAGAACUUGAAAGCAUAAUGUAUUUGGAAGACUCCUUAUGUUACCAGAAGUCAAUUUUAGCGUCCACAGGGUACAGAACAGAGUCUGUGAAAUGUAUUUGCUAAAUCUGUCAUGUUUGAGCACAAAAGAUUAGAGAUUUCUGUUCAGAAUCUUGGCACUGUUAUUGCUCCCUGUAUUUCCAUAUGACUCUGUAGCAGAUGGAGCAGAACAUGGAUCUCUUGGCAGGAAAAGGCAGGAAGAGAAAGGCAAAAGAAGAAGCUCAUACUGGACCUGCCUUCUUCUUAGAUGAGCUAAAUCAAGACCUACUCGAAAGGGUCCUCUCCUGCCUUCCUGCCUCAAGCUUCUUUCGUCUCAGUUCAGUAUGCAAGAGAUGGAGAUCUGUUGCCACAUCUGAGACAUUUCAUAUCGCAUGCUCUCAGAUACUCCGUAGGGAACCAUGGUUCCUUAUGGUAGAUCACGAUCUUGACCAGUUUAUUGUUUUCGACACCAGUGAAAGGAAUUGGAAAAGUCUCAAUCAUCAAACUCAUAUCCCACAAAGCCACAGUUGUAAACCCAUUCCUGUUGCUGCAUCUGGUGGUCUUGUGUGCUACCGCACGGACUCUGGCAACUUUUUGGUGUUUAACCUUCUCACAGGGUCCUGCCGUGAGCUCCCACCGGGAAGCCCGGAUGGUGAGAGCCAAACUUUACAUGCCAUUGCUAUGUACUCUUCUCCGACCUAUCCAUCUUCAUUUAAGAUCAUACUAGUCCUGGGGAAAUCACCAAACCUUGCUUUCAGAAUCUUUGACUCCACUAGGUCUACAUGGGAAGAUGAAGUCAUGUUAAUUCAGAAAGGUGAGAGUUCCUCAGAAUCUCACAUAGCCGGAGAUGAGAUUAUUUAUUUCCUUAGCAAAGCUGGAGAUGUUGUAGCCACAAACAUGCAGAGGAGUGCAUCUAAACAGUACUCGUCAGUUCUCAUCAUGGAAAAUGGAGAACAGGUCAUCUAUUUUCUCAGUGAGUCGGGAACUGUCGUGGCUUGUAAUCUUGCUCAGAAGACAUAUUUCGAGUAUCCUAGAUUUCUGCCUAUCUACUUUGAGUACUCAAUAGAUGUGGUCGAGUGCAAGGGAGAGAUGUUAGUUGUUGUCUUAUCAGAAUUCCUGGAGACUGCAAGCCUGAGAGUCUGGAAGUUCUCCAAGGAAAGCCAAUCAUGGCAACAAGUGGCAGCCAUGCCGCCAUCAAUGUCUCAUGAGUUCUACGGGCAAAAGAUGGACAUAAACUGCACAGGCUGUCAGGAAAUCAUCUUCAUCUGUGCCAGUUCAAGUGAAUGCAGCAGCAGGCACAUAAUGUUCGAUAUGGCGGUCGAUGAAUGGGUUGAGGUGCCCAAGUGUUACGUGGAUGGGAAGGCCAAGGAGUUUACGGCUGCCAUCUCCUUCGAGCCAAGACCGGAGGCUACUGUGUCAAGGAAACAAAAUUUGCAAACAUUGGACCAGCAACUUCUCUUUCUCUUCAUGAUCACGAGAGAAGAGAGAAAUCAGAAUACACCCACUCAUUUCAUGAUCCUUUAGUUGCACUCCUGUGGCCUUUGAUCUGUAUGUCUUAAAGGUUGUGGUUGCAAGGGAAACAACCACAAGCUGUGUUUUCAGAGGGAUCUUUACUCUCUGUGACUGCUGUGAAUGCUGCAGGUGAGUUGUUGCUCUCAGUUCCUCUGCCCUUCUAUGAACAAUUCCCAUUCUUUUCAUCAAUUUCUCUUCUAAAUCAGACCUCAUUCUUUGUAUCUUCACCUGCAAACACAUACGUAUGAGUGACCACACAGCGCCAAUUGUGAUAUCAAGGUUUGCGUUAGAACAGAGAAAGUACUUCAACAUCUUUUAAUCUGAUUCCAAAGUCAAUCUGUGAACUAACAAGCUGUGCAGGAACAGUCCAGUUGGUAGAGACAUGUAUAGAGGUCAAGGAAGAGAAGCAUUCUGCAUCUAAUCACCAUCGGAUGAUAUGCUUGAUAAUUUUGAGAUGUUAUACUCUUGUUCUGAAGUUUACAUCAGAAAAUUUUUCGAGACAAACAAGUGAAUGAAAUCAAUGUUCAGAGAUCAUAAAUCUUCAGAAUAUUGACUUAGAGAACUGAUUCCACUACAGCUGAGGCACAGAGCUACGAUUAGCACAGAAGAUGCUCAGCUUUAUCGAGUUACUGUCAAUUUCAACACAACUAGGAAAGAUAUAUAGGUGAAGACAAGUCUACCACAAGAACAACAAGAUUCAGUAUCGAAGGCAUCAUCUUUCUGGAGCACCAACACCGUAAUGCUUGGAAAUUAAAUGUUCGAUUAUCUCAGCUGGUUUUCUCACAUGAGCAAGAGAUCCAUGGCAAGGUCUGGUGAUCAGCUACUUCCCGG